AUGGAGCCACUGUGGCUGAACACUCAUUCGAUUCCGCAGCGACCGAAAGGUUACUCUGGGGAAGUACUGAACCCUAAACAGUGGAGGCCCCUAAUAGAGGCAAGACUGCGUCCUCACGCGUUGUUCGACGACUUUGGGACGACCUUGGCAGACCUUCCCGUGUUAGCCCCACCACUCCGCUCACGGCGAGGACGACUCUUACGGUCCCCACAGCCCGGAGGCGGUGUCGUCAUGUCGUACCACACUGGUCGAACUUCUCCCGAACAACUGAAGAGCUUGGAUGGUCGGUCUACAAUAUCAACAAUAACUGACAAACCGACGAGUCUAAGCCGUGUCCUGCAGAACCUACUGAUUGCCCCACAGUCUAAGGUUGCGGGCGGGACAACCUAUUCGCCCAGAGCAGGCGGAACCCGCAGUCCAGUCGAGCCACUCGUAUCAUCGCCUUUGCGCAUCAGUUCUUCAGAUAUGGCAUCCGCCCCAAGUUCGCCGGAGAGGCACUCCGCCGAUCGCGAGGCUUUCCCUCGUAGAUCAUCCGACCAGGUUGUUGAUGCUGUCCGCUCAACCACGGGUCGCCUUGGCAUUGACAAUGAUGCAAAAUCUGAUAUCGCUUCUACUUCUUUAGAACAGCCACUCGCCAAAAAGCGAUUUUUGCAGGCUCGAGAUAGGUCCCAGAGCCGCAAGGGUGUGGCUGCCAUGAUGUCUGGCCGUCUCUUCCCGAGAAGCUUUUCCCGUGGCAGGGACAGAGACUCAUCUCGGGGAUCUUCCCAGCGUGGAUCGUCUCUCGACUCCCGUUCUGCUUCUUCACCGGAGCGUGGUCGCGCCAGUUCCCCCGGCAGUCAUUCUGUUCACGUUGAGACCUUAACACCCGCCCCUGUUAGUUCAAGGAAAGGGAAAUCGCUCAACAUGCACGAUACAUUCAACAAGUCAGACGAGGCAUUGGCUAAACCCCAUGGAAGCCUACCUGAUUAUAUCAAACCGACGGCUGUGGAGGAGGGAGGGGAGCGACUAGCCAAAGAUGUUUUCGAUCGCGACAAGAACAUGAUUGAAAGCAGCGAAGAUGAAGCCAACUAUAGUUCGAGCGAUGAAGACAGCGCUCUGGAGGGUGUACGAGGCCGCAAGAAAAAGAAGGACUCGGAUAUCACGGCUAUUACGCCAAGCGACUUUGGGAGAUCCAAGGAUGACAAUUCCAAGCAGUCCGAAGAACAAAAAGCUCCCGAAAUUCCAAGCGGACGACAGGAGAAGAAACCGCGAAAGUCUGCUUUGAAAGCUGUGGUCCAUCCACAGACCAGUUUCGACAUUCCCACCCCGCGUGUUCAGUCAGUGGCUGGCACCCCUUAUGGCUCAGAGGAUGAAGCCGAGAUCGAUGACAUUCAUCGUGCCCAGAAGCUUAGCAUUUCGAUGUCAGCUAUUGAUAACGGUGUUCACAACCGAUCCAUCCGUACAAUAGUCCGCGGCAACUUUUCAAGCCCGCAGGAUCAAGGCGAUGGGAGCCGCCAUCGCCGUCGGAAAUAUUUAAUCGCAACCGACUUGAGUGAAGAGUCCGUCUAUGCCCUCGAGUGGACCAUCGGCACGGUCCUGAGAGAUGGAGACACGAUUUUCGCCAUCUACGCCAUGCACGAGGACUCCACUACUGCGUCAGGGGUGCAGGUCGGCGAGGGAGCCAAAGUGAUGAAAGACGCAACGGCUGUCGUUGGCACCCAGACGAAAGAAGCCAACCAGAAUUAUGGAUCCCGUACGAUCCUCGGUCUACUUGGCCCCGGUACUGCCAGCAAGACACAUUCUGCUGAUUCCCGGGCAUCGUCAAUAGCUGAGGCGGAACGAGUGAGGGCAGUUGAGACUGUUUCUCAGACCUGUGUGAAACUGCUGCGGAAAACGGUCUUGCAGGUCCGUAUAGCCGUGGAAGUGAUCCAUUGCAAGAACCCGAAGUCUAUGAUCACUGAGGCUAUUGAUGAACUUGAGCCCACACUCGUUAUUGUGGGUGCCCGAGGUCAGAGUGCACUGAAGGGUGUUCUCCUCGGAUCGUUUUCCAACUAUCUUCUUUCUAGUUCCUCUGUGCCGGUAAUGGUUGCACGCCGAAAGCUGAAAAGGCAUACGUGGAAAGACAAGCUCAAGGGCACUGCGAAUGUGCGCCUAUCCAAUAAUCUAAUUACCCCGAAGAGCCUUGCUCAAGCCAAAGUGGACUGA